AUGGCGUUUGAAGAUCCUACAAUGGAGAAAGGGACAACUUCGAGGGCAUCAUCCGGACCUUCGUAUGAGGUUUUUCUAAGCUUUCGAGGACCCGAUACCCGUCAUGGAUUCACCGAUUGUCUUUACCAUGGCAUGACUAGUGCCGGGAUCCUCGUCUUCAGGGAUGAUGAAUCCCUUCGCGUUGGCGAAAGAAUUGGUGGUGAACUUCUGCAAGCAAUUGAGAAGUCCAAGAUCUAUAUUCCCAUAUUUUCCACAAAUUAUGCUUCGAGUCAUUGGUGCCUCCACGAGCUCACAUACAUGGUAGAGUGCACCUCGAAAUCAAAUGACAGCAAAGAGAUUCUGCCCAUUUUCUUCAAUGUGGAACCUGCUGAUGUCAAACUUAAAACAAAAUUAUAUAGCCAAGCCCUUUCAAAGUAUGAGAAGCAGUUUAGCACUGAAGUAGAGUCAUGGGAAAAGUCUCUUAUCGAGGUGGACGAGAUUAAGGGGUGGAACUUGAAGAAAGAUGAAGGCCAGGGAGAUCCGAUCCAAUCCGUAAUUCAAACUGUUUUGGUUAAGCUAAAUGUCAGAUUUAAAAAUGUGACUGAACAUCUAGUUGGAGUUGAUGAUCGAGUACAUUCUAUAAUCAGAAUGUUGGAUGUGGAAUAUGAUGGUGUCCAAUUUCUUGGAAUCCAUGGAAUAGGCGGGAUUAGCAAAACGACACUUGCCAAGGUUGUCUACAACCAACUGUCUUCUCAUUUCGAAGGUUGUAAUUUCCUUUCGGAUAUCCGAGAGUCAUCCCAACGCCGAGGUCCGGUAUAUUUGCAAAAACAAUUGUUAUCCAAGUUCUUGGAUUCUAGAUCUGUCGACCAAAUUCAUGAUGUUGAUGAUGGUACCAACGUGAUUAAGAGAGUACUUUGCAAAAGAAAAGUGCUCAUUGUUCUUGACGAUGUUGAUGAUAAAGAGCAACUCAAAAGUCUAGCAGAAAAAGGUAAUUGGUUUGGCUCUGGUAGUAGGAUAAUCGUAACUACUAGGAAUAGAAGUGUCCUAAUGGCCGAGGGAGAAGUAAUAGGCGAAGUCCUUGCAAAAAAGCCUACAAAAACUUCAACUUACGAAGUACAAGAAAUGGAAUUUGAGCAUGCUCUUAUGCUUUUCAGUAGGCAUGCCUUUAGAAGAGACUCUCCACCAUAUCAUUAUGCUUCCCUUUCGAAAAAUGUUGUCUCCACUUUGGGAAAGCUUCCUUUAGCAUUGGAGGUUACGGGUUCAUUCCUUUCUGGUAAAUCCAAAGCAUUAUGGGUAGACACAUGCAAGAAGCUACAAAAAGCUCCUCCCAUGGAAGUCCAAAGAACAUUGAUGAUAACUUAUGAAAGAUUAGAUGAUGCACAAAAGCAAGUAUUUUUGGAUAUAGCUUGUUUUUUUGUUAAUAAGAAUAGAACAUACCCCUUCUACAUGUGGGAUGAAUGUGGAUACUACCCACACAAUGCCAUUGAAGCCCUCUUUCUCAUGUCCUUGAUUAAAAUCAAAGAUGACAACACUUUUUGGAUGCAUGACCAAGUGCGCGAUCUCGGAAGGGAAAUUGUCCAUCAAGAGAAUUUCAAAAAUCCUUGCAAGCGUAGUAGAGUGUGGAAUCACGAGGAAGCCUUGAACAUUCUGAAGCGAAAAGAGGGAAGUGAGGAAAUAGAAGCACUGUCACUAGGAUAUCGUGGAGACGUUGUAACGCAAGAUGAAGUCGCUAAUUUACGAAACCUGAGGUUCUUUGAAGGGAAUGGGGUCUUCCUUGCUGGAGACUUUAAUAAUCUUCUCUCUCGUUUAACAUGGCUUUCUUGGCGAUGUUGCCCUUAUGAGUUUGUGGCGACGAACUUUCAUCUUCCUAAUCUAGUCAUUCUUGACGUUUCAUGCAGUGAUAUUUCAGAGAAAUGGAUUGGUUGGAACCAUAUUAGGGCGACAAGCAAACUUAAAGUACUAGAUCUCAGCUAUUGUAACUACUUAAUGAGAACACCUGAUUUAUCUAUGUUGGUGUCCUUGGAGAGAUUGAUUCUUGAAGGCUGUUGCAACUUAGUUGAAAUUGAUGCAUCCAUCGGUAAAUUAGAGCAUCUAACCGAUUUGAACUUGAAGGGAUGUGACUCUCUUGAAAAGUUGCCUGAAGAAAUAGGAUGUCUACAAGCUUUGAUAGAGAUUGUCAUGCCUAAUACGCUACGUAGACUUCCAGAGACGUUUGGUAAUUUGCGGUCAUUGUUGACCUUUGAUAUGUCACAUAGUCGGAUUAGCAAAUUGCCAUGCUCGAUUGGAGGGUUGGUGAAACUUAGGCGGUUGAAUUUAUCUGAGUGUACGAAGAUAAAAGAACUUCCAGAUUCGAUUGGGGAAUUGCAAUCAUUAGUGGAGUUGGAUUUGUCAUCGACAAGUUUGGAUCACCUACCUGAUUCAAUCGGCAAUUUAAAGCAACUGAAAGUACUUAGGAUAAACCGCAUAAGGGGGAUAACAAGAUUACCAAGUGCGAUCGGGUUGAUGGAGAUACUUGAAGAGUUGGACGCUAGUGGAUGUGGCAACUUGACCGGCGAAAUCCCCGAAGAAAUUGGGAGCCUGUCUUGUUUGAGAAUCCUGGACUUGUCAAGCACUAAAAUAUCUGGAUUGCCUAAUUCAAUUGGCAAACUAAAGCAACUGAAAGUACUUAGAAUAAACAACCUAGUUGGGAUAACAAGAUUACCAAGUGCAAUCUGGCUGAUGGAGAAGCUUGAAGAGUUGCAUGCUAGUAGAUGUUACUUCAUGAGAGGUAUAUACGAAUUACCCACCACGGUGAGUGGUCUCUCCAAUCUCCAAAUACUUAAUCUAGAAUCAUGUCCUGGAGGUGAACAGUUGCCAGAGCUUCCCCCAAAUUUGUUUGAUGUCGGAAUUUCCUGGUAUAUUUUGGGCGGAGUUGGAGGUCAUCCAUAUGCAGCUGUCCAUGAAAAGGAUGUCAGACUUACGGAAAUUGAGAAAGCUAAGGAAGCUCAGAGUAGGAGAAUGUCCAAAGCUAAGGAGCGUGGAAGGUCUACUGGGAAUCUUCGCAGAAGUGGUGGAUUCACGAUUGCAGGCGGUUGCCCAACCGUAACAGUUAUUGAAGAUGUCGUGAUAACAGAUAUUCGGUGUUUCCUGGACUCGACCACGCUGCGUAUUUUUGAGCUGGUUACACUGAAUCCCACACCGAUGAAAGUCCGGCAAGGGUUCGAAUCAUAA